AGAGAGAGUGGCCGGAAACGAGGAAGAUGGCGAUGCGGUCCCUGCUCCGCAAAGGCCCCGCCCUCGCCCGCGCUCUCGGGUCGCCGGCGUCCCACGCGCCUUCGCCGACGCCGACGCUCCGUCCCAGAUCCCCGACGUUCCAGGCGGUGCAACCGGCGGCGGGGUCUCGAUCCCUGUCGCAGGGUCAAGGCGCAGCGGCGGGGCCCCAAGCAGUCUACGCUGUAGAAUUGCUGCGGGAGAAAUCAGAUCGUGCGCAUGCAGAGUUCGAGAGGAACAUGAAGGUGAUACAGCAGCAAAUGGAUGAGCAGUGGAGGCUUGAGGUUGAGUUCUGGGCAAAGCUUCGCGGGGAGCUGCACACGAUUGAGAAGACCUGCAAUGUUCUGAUGUUCCUGUGUGCGUCUACAGCCAUCCUGUCGCUGACCAAUGCGAUGUAGUGGAGUAUGUGAGCGUGUGAGGCUUAAACCAAUGAUGUUGAAGGAGCCUAGUAUGGAGUAAUAUUUAUGUGCAAUAUCAUGCAUGUGCUAGAUUCUAGGGUUUUAAUGAGCUAUAUGCCGGAUCUGUUUAUCGGGAUGAACACUGGAUGU